AUGUCUGAGGAUUUUUGCCGAUCAACUGGAUUGUCGACAGAGUCUGCUAGUGAAGGAUUGACAGUAUCAACGCCCUUGGGGAAGACUACAGGGAAACAAAGGGAUAUAGCUCCAUCUCGAAGAGCUAUCCCCAGGUAUUUUGAUAGGAUUAACCCCCAACUGAGAGGAAGAUUGCCCAGAAGAUUCAAUACCCUAAGAAAAUCGGAAGCCCUCUAUCCUAAAAAUGAUUUCAGCAUAUUUGUCGGCAAUAUUCCCUUCAACUGCUCCAACGAAGAUCUGUGGGGCAUUUUUGACAGAUAUGGGAGAAUACUGGAAGUCUACAUCCCUACACUACCGAGCACCAAGAAACCUAGGGUUUUUGCUUUUGUGUUAUUCCACUACGAGCAGGAUGCAAAGGCAGCCAUGGCUGUCCUAAAUGAUUGGCGCAUACAUGGAAGAGUGGUAUCAGUCAGAUGGGCAAAAGUUAGGGCUUCUACAUCCUCCAAGACAAAUCAGGGGCCUUUGACUUCAAAGGUAAAUCUGGGGCAGCCAGAUAAGCAGGUUCUUACCAAGCCUUCAGGCCCUUCGUAUGUAACAACAGUAUCUGCAGAAUUUCAUAGAAGGCCGUUUAAGGAACUGUCAGAGGAUGAUAUCACUUCAGUUGCUAACCCGAGAGUGGUGGCUCACAAACUGUAG